AUGAUUUCGUUGACCCGGACAGCCGGCGCUGGGCCGUUACGCCCGUGCCUGCGUUUGAUUUCACCCGUGAGUCGCGUACAACCGGCAGCAUGGAUUUCGAAUUCAUUGUCAAAGUCUGCGACCGCUCUUGAACGACAAGGAGAAACUGGUUCACCCCUCACUGCUUCUGGGAAGGUACGCCGUGAGGUGCCUCUUCCCAGUCAGGAGAAGAAAGAGGGUGCGAUGCAAUAUGCCCUAACUACACUUGAUCAGAUUGCGAACUGGGCUCGUCAAAGUUCGCUGUGGCCAAUGACUUUCGGUCUAGCCUGUUGCGCUGUGGAAAUGAUGCAUUUAUCAACACCACGCUAUGAUCAAGACAGACUUGGAGUCAUCUUCCGAGCUUCUCCUCGCCAAUCGGAUGUCAUGAUUGUAGCAGGAACUUUGACUAACAAGAUGGCUCCUGCACUGCGGCAAGUCUAUGACCAAAUGCCUGAUCCUCGUUGGGUUAUCAGUAUGGGUAGUUGCGCGAAUGGUGGUGGCUAUUACCACUACAGCUACUCGGUUACCCGUGGCUGCGAUAGGAUAGUCCCAGUUGAUAUCUACGUGCCUGGAUGUCCUCCGACCUCGGAAGCUCUCAUGUACGGGAUUUUCCAGCUUCAGAAGAAGAUGAGACACACGAAGAUCACACGUAUGUGGUAUCGGCGGUAA